GCGUACAUCCAACGGUUUCACAAACGGUGGGUCCCUUCUCGCUGAUUAGAACUAGUUCCUAAUCUUGCGCCCACAUCGACAUCGACUCCUGCACUGGACCGCCGGCCACCAUCGCUUUUUCACCAGAAUCUCAGCGAGCCACCGUCCUCCCUCUCUCUCGCCGGCCAUGGACUCGGGAGAGCAACCUCCGAAGAAGCGGAAGCUGCACGAAUCCCAACCAGAACUGCCGCCAUCGCCGCCAUUAUUACAACCACCGCCACCACUACAAACCCUAGCCCCGCCGCGGAGCGCGGGCGCUCCACAAUCUCUGUCUCAGGAGGAGAUUAUGAAGAAACGGAGACACAGAGACGAGAUUCGAAGUGUAUACGAUUGCUACAAGCGGAUCAAGUUUUGCCUUUCGAAGAAUGACUCUGCUCUCACGCCGGAGCUCGAGCAAGCUUAUCUCUCUCUCAUCACUGCUUCCAGAGGUUGUACGAGUGUACAACGCAUUGUUGCUGAUCUCAUUCCUCGGUAUGCUUCAAAAUGUCCAACUGCCCUUGAAGCUGCAGGGAAAGUUGUUAUCAAUAUGUAUAACUGGAGCAUGGCAGUAAUAAAGAGAGGAGAGGAUGCUGAUGGUGUUGCAUUUCAGACUGCUAAAUCUUGUGUUCUUGGUCUAGCUGAUAUUUGCUACACUGCAUCUUCAGUGGCGCCAACAUCAUCCGUCAUUCGGGGGAUUUGCUCUGCAGUUUUCCAGAAUGUGCUCACCUUCUUCAUAUCCUCCUGUGAGGGAAAGGAUGUCUUUCUUAUUGUUGGGAAAGAAACUGUGAGAAUACAAGAUUCCUCUCAGAAUUUUUCUGAGCUAAAGCAAAAGGUUUUAGAUGAAAAUGAAUCUUCACCUAUUAAAUUAUCCAAGUUAUGCGCUCUCAGUUUAAUAUGGAUUCUCUUUAGUUAUCCACAAAAAUUACUCGCAGCCUGGUUUGAACUCUUUAAAUCCGGUGCAUCGGAUGGAGUUCUGAAAGGGCAGUAUUUUCUAAGGCAAAUGACAAGCAGGCUUGAUAAUGAUGGUGGCUAUCCUUUUGGUAAAAAUGGUGAUGAAUCUAAAUCAAGUACAGGUUAUACUGAAUCUAGCACCAGAGGCUGCAAGGUUAGCUCUGAGCAGGUAGCAUCAGAUGGCAAUCAUGUCUGUGGGGAUGCAUCAACAGUUUCAGAGAGCUGCUUGUUAGGACUGGUUCUUAGCCAAGAUCUGUCAUUGCAAAGUUGGAUGUUCUCAAAGUAUAAAAAGUUAUGUAAAUCAUCGUCUUCCAAAGUUUUUAAUGAUAUUAGAUCUUCUUUGGAAGAUGUAUUUAAUUCAUUUUUAGGGCGAAUGGAUGUGGGAGAUGAUCAAGUGGAUAGUGAUGAGGAUGAUUCUGAUCCAUCCAGAUUUAUUGAACGAGCAUAUCUGGUUCCUAGGUUCUCUAACCAACAUGAGGCCUGUAGUGAACUGUAUGGAAAAGAUAGUUCCAAUCAGGAGAGCUGGGGAACAAGGUCCACAAACUCUGAGAUUAGGGAGCAUGGAGAUAUGUCACAUGGCAGGUCUUCUGUGCCAAGGGACCUAAUGAACCACCAGGUUCUUUCACCUGUCACAAGAUCUCCACUAAAUUUCAGGAGUAAUUCAUUUGAUGGGAGAAAACAUGGUCAUCUUGACAAGAAUCAAGAUGCAAUGGAUUUUGGCUCACCUCUCAUGAGAUCUUUAAGUGGUGGUGUAAAUAGUUCUUUUGAAUCUCCUAGACCUCAUUUGGUGUCACCAUAUACUUCCACAACAACUCAAAGUGUUUGGUAUUCGGAUGGGGAUAUUGGAGCCAUGGAUAUUUUCUCCGCCUCUAAACAGCUCUGGCUGGGCUUUUCAGGAUCUGAUGUGUCUGAAGCUCAUGUAAGGUUUCAGUUAGAGAGGUUUGGUGCAGUAGAACAAUUUAUUUUCUUCCCACUCAAAGGGUUUGCCUUGGUAGAGUACAGAAACAUUGUGGAUGCCAUAAAGGCUCGGGAAUAUAUGCGCGGACAUUUUCCUUGGCACGUGAAGUUUAUGGAUAUAGGACUGGGAACUAGAGGUACCAUGAAUGGCAUUGCAGUUGGUUCUAGUUGCCAUGUUUAUGUUGGAAAUAUAUUAAGUCAAUGGGCCAAGGAUGAGACUCUGCAUGAAUCAAGAAAAGUGAUUUACAAGGGUCCUUACAUGGUCACUGAUCUUAGCAAUGAAGGUGCGUUACUGAUGGAAUUUGAUACUCCUGAAGAAGCUGCUGCGGUAAUGGCACAUCUCAGACAACAUCGCAAGGAAAGGAGUAACCACAGGCCACCAUAUGGUGCAGGGCCAGCUAAUGUCGUAAUAUCCCAAACUGAUGGUGCAAGAUCUGCACCUACCCCUACUCAUAUUGACAUAAGAAGCAGCACCCCUGGAAACAUGCCCAGUAGUCAUGUUGCUGCACCAUUUUCAGUAAAUCAUGAGAGCCACCCCAUGGAGCUUGCAUCCCCUAGAGUAACGUCCGAGAAUCAGGGGAAUACUGUACAGAGUGGAUAUUUAUUUCAGUCAAAGAGAGCUACUGGCUCUACGGAGAUGCUUGAAUCUGGCACCCCAAAGCUUGAUGGUUAUGACAAUAACUCACCUGUGGAUCCUUCACAAGGUAGUCAUGCUGUUUCUCGUGCUGCUGAACAAAAGUGGAUGUAUGCAAAACCUGGAAUGGAGCUGCAUUCCGCACCAGGGAGCAUUCCUUGUGUUCCUGUGCCAACACAGGGACCCUGUGUCCCACCUCCACUCCAAAUUCACUCAUCUCCAUUUAUACGGCCUGUUUACCCCCCUCCAAGUUCGUGGGAUCCACGGGGUGUAAAUCAUAAUCCUCCUUUGAACCCAAUCUCACCAGGUGUAAUGCCCAACAAUUUUCAUGGGAAUGCUAUUGUAGCUCCCUUCAUUCCUGCUUCUGUGACUCCACUUGCACAAAUACAGGGAACUCCAGCACAGCAAUUUGACCAAAUGUUUUCAGUACCGAUAGUUCCACCACCGCUAUCAUCUCAACCACCUCCUUUACCCGAAAUGCCACCUCCAGUGCCCCCAUCUCCACCACCUCUGCCUCAGUCGCAGCCGCCUUUUGUUCCUCCUCCUCCCCAUUCACCUCCUCCACCUGUUCCAGAAUCAUCUGGUGUGGAAGGUUCUGGACAAUGCUCUCAGUAUCAGUGGCAGGGAAUGUUAUGCAAAAGUGGUGUUCAUUACUGUACUGUUUAUGCACAUAGGGUGGAUUCAGAUAUAUGCAAAUAUUUGAAUGCCAUUUCUGAACCUAUAGAAUGGCCUGCUAAGUUAGACAUGACCAAGCGUACAGAUUUUCGGCAUGUGAAGUCAACAUUUACUAGCACCCCACCACAUAAAAGGGAGGUAUGCAGAUUGAUCCCAGCUUCUGCAGGCGACCACAAAGGCUUUCAGGAUUUCGUUUCAUACUUGAAGCAGAGGGAUUGCUCAGGAGUGAUCAAGAUCCCGGCUGUGAAAUCCUUAUGGGCGAGGCUUCUGUUCAUACUUCCACAGUCUGAUGACACUUGUGCUAUGCUCUCUAUUGCACCGAGUCCACCAGAUUGUCUCAUUGCUCUAAUAUUACCUAAAGAAACAAACUUCGAGUGGGUCUCACUUGCCCUCAAUCGAAAUCCGAUCGGACUCAGUGCGAGGGAGAACAUGUGGAACCGAAACUCUCACCCCCGAACCGCCGGAAGCAAGGGUGUCCCAAAACCCCAAAAGGUCUUCGUCCCUAAGAAUCCAGACCAGAACAAUCCAAUCGCUCGAGAGCCCAAUAUCAAUCCCAAUCCCAAUCCCACGCUCUCUACCUCUCUCCGGCAAUCCCUAUCCAAGCAGCAAUCCAAUGCCGAAACUUCCACCGCUGCUUUGGUGCCGCCGUCGGGGAGCAGGGUUCGGAUGGGAGACAAAGGUGAGUGGGUGCCGAGCCGAGCUCAGGGUGGCAAUUUCGUAAGUUACUUGCCCCAGGAUGAGGCGGUGGCGGCUGGGCUCGGCGCCGACGAAGGCGGAUUGGACGCCCUGGAGUCGCAGAGAGUGGUGGAUCUUCUUAACAGAGAGCUCUCCUGCCUGCUGAAGUUAAACCCUAAGGAGUUUUGGCGACAAGUGGCUAGUGAUACAUCGUUGCAUGAAUUUCUGGAUAGCUUUCUUCAGUUUAGGAGUAGGUGGUAUGAUUUCCCUCAUCGCGGCGCCAACGAAUUGGGCGGGGUCAUUGUUGGGGAGUUUGAAUUGAGCCGCCGUGUGUUUAUGGUAUUAUAUCGAAUAUCUUCUAAUAAUCCUGGCGCUCGUCUUGCUGAUAGUCUCAGUCCACAAGACCAUGAAGUUCUUUUGCAGGAGAAGAAGUUGCUUGACUUGCCUAAGCUGUUAGACAUAUGUGCUAUAUAUGGCCAUGAAAAUGAAGAUUUGACCAGAGUGCUGGUUGGCAAUGCAGUAAAAGCUCAUACUAGGAUACGUGACAAUUUGACUGCAGUAGCAUCACAUUUCCUUAGCAUUGUGCAAACAAUGCACCAACGUAGCAGCUCAGCCUUGGAGACCCUUUUUUCCUCUGGAAACACUGGAGAACAUGGAUCCAGCCGCCUUCUUGCUGAUUUAUUGGAAGUUAUGGACUUCAUCAACGAUGCAGUUGUAUCCAUGGAUGCUUUCUUAACUGCAUAUGAACCAUCUGCUGUCUUCUUGUUGUGCCCUGUUGAAAUCAGUCAUGGGAACGAGGCAUUACUAAGCACUCUAGCAAGGUUGCAUGAUUCAUUACUUCCAUCUUUGCAGCGUGGAUUUCAAAUAAUUUCAGCAGAUGGAGAAGAUAAAAUGGUGUCUAAUAUUGCUUUAAGUUUGAAGAUGUUAUCAAAGAGAAUUGUCAGAUUCGGUUGGAAACUAUUGGAUUUGUGCUAUCUAAGUGAUGAGGCCUUCAAAGAUAACCUCCCCAUUCCAGCUGCUGCGCAGAUGUUUCCAGCCAAAGUGGAGGAUCUUUUCAUUAGAUCAGAUAUACUGGUUCAAACUUUAAGAGAGAUUAAUGGAAUUUCCGUAUGUGCUCAGGAGAACCAGAAUAGGCAAACAUUUCUUCAAAAUAUUGAAAAGAACUUCAACAUUAUGAGCAAAAUGGAGAAUUUACAAAAUAGUGGAUGGAUAAUCAUGGAUGAUGAGCAGCUGGGGUAUGUAUAUGGAAUACUUAUGUCUACUCAGAAACUCAUAGUUAAGGAGCAGCCCAGUACGACAGCCGCUUUGACAAACAAGAAGGUGCAGAUAGAUGAAGAUGUUGCAAUUGUGGAGUCGCAAAUCAGUCAAAUAAAGGACCUGUUCCCUGAUUAUGGAAAAGGUUUCUUAGCUGCUUGUCUUGAAGCCUAUAACCAGAAUCCUGAGGAAGUUAUUCAGAGGAUUCUUGAGGGAACUCUUCAUGAAGAUCUGCAGUCCUUGGAUAUAUCAUUAGAGACGAUGCCAGCACCCAAGACUGCGACUGUUGGUAGGAAUGAUAAAGGGAAAGGAAAACUAGGUGAGCUUACAGCACCACCCGCCACUAGUACAGCAGUUGUUGUGAGGGAUAAACAAAAUGGUGCCCCUUCGGUUUCAUCCUCCUCAUCACAAGGAAGGUUUGUUAGGAAGUCUAAAGCAGACGUGCCUGAUACGGAUACCCUGGAUGACAGAAAUGAGAAAUACGUUGCAAACACUGCUACUCUUAUUUCACAGUUUGAGUAUGACGAUGAGUAUGAUGACUCUUUUGAUGAUCUGGGUCUGAGUGUUGCGGAUUCAGGAGUGGGGGAAAGUGAGAUAUUUAGUGAAAAAAGCAGCUCGAAUACGGGUAGGCCGUGGGAAACACAAACUGGAAGUUCAUCUCAGGAUGCAGCUAGUUCCAAAUGGGGCUCCAGAAAGAAGCCCCAAUAUUAUGUCAAGGAUGGUAAGAAUUAUAGUUACAAAGUUGCAGGUUCGGUUGCAGUUGCAAAUGCUGGGGAAGCAUCAUUAAUUACUGAAGCACAACGAGAAGUUAUUCAUGGCCUUGGCCGUGGUGGCAAUCUUCCUCUAGGCGCGGUUAAGAAGCUGACAGAAUACUCGGAGGAGCAAGACAAACAAUUUGACAAUUCUCAAGCCGAAGAGAGAGGUCAGAUGGAUGGGAGAGGGAGAGGGUUUGUUGGGAAUGCUAGGGGCAGAGGACGGAGGGGAGGAAGACAAAGGGAGUCCAAUGAGGAGCAAGAUACCAAACACAACGAUAAUGCCGAAGGUGAGUUUGUUGGGAAUGCUAGGGGCAAAGGACGGAGGGGAGGAAGACAAAGGGAGUCCAAUGAGGAGCAAGAUAAUAAACACAACGAUAAUGCCGAAGGUGAAGACGGAGAGAAUGCAGGAAAUCAAAGGGGAAGGGGGGGAAGGAGAGGAGGCAGAGGAGGAGGUGGGAGAAACAAUUUCAGGAAGGACCGGGCCAUGAAUAAGCACUUUUCUGGUUUAGGUGGCUUCUAGGUAUACAGAGUAACAACGACAUCUCCCCCGUUUUUUUGUUUAGGGAACGGUUUCAAGCAUGAGAUCUAUCGAGAGUUUUGGGUCACUGUAAAUUUUGGUUGCUUGCUAACUUGUCAUUUGAUUAAAUCACAGUUACAUCGAUUAAUCGAUCACUAUGGUUUCAUAUGCAUUAAUCAAGUGAAGACCCCGACACUGGAUUAGAGUUGUGAUAA